UGGAGAUGUGACUCCGGGGUGGUGUGUGUGUGACUGACAGCAUCAGCAUCCCCGCUCUGUGCCCUGCCUGCUGGUGCUAUUUAUGCCUGUGGCUGCUUAUUCCAAAAGGCUCUUUCUAUGGACUCGAGCUAUGAGCCUGGUUGCUGGAGCUUCCUGCACGGACUGAAGGCUUACAGAAGAAAGAAGUCUGAGAUGGCAUAUAAAACAUCCAAUUUAGACAAACCUACUGCAGACAAAACUGUAUACAUUGCGGGUGUAAAAAACCCUGUUGGCUAUAGAGACUCUGUAAUAUUUUUAUCUCAGGACAGUGGAUACAAUGAGUCCCUGAAAGCCUUUAGUCCAGAAUGUGGUGAAAACAGUAGCGAUUCUAUAGAUGGCAAAACUCCAAGACAAGAGUUUGAAGACUCUGAGAAUGUAGAUCCCACCCUGGUAUGUUCUCCUAUAAGAAGCAAAAGAUUUUGGGAGUCUGAAACCGGCUCAAGUGCUAAGCAUCUGGUUUCUGAAAUUUAUGAAACUCCACGAGCUAUUAAAAAGGACUCUUCUCUCAGACGUAGAUUACUACUUUCCAAGGCUACGUCUGGUGGGAACUUAGACUUUGAUGCAUCAGAAUGUUCAGCAGAAACCAAUGGAAGGAAGAAAACUCUACAACGGGUUCCAAGUUUUGAGUCCAAUCUUUCCAAUAGUUUUGCGGACUCCCCAAGAGACAUCUCAUACAAACCAAUAGCAACAAGCACUUUAAAAACCGAACCGGACUCUGGCAUGUCAUGUAGAAAAUGGAGAUUGUCUUUUGCUCAACAAAGAAGUUCUACCUUAGAUGAGAGUAAAUGUGACACUGACCCUUUUCCAGUAGUAGAAAACCUAUCGCCAGUUCAAUAUUCUGCAGAUUUGACGGAUGACAGCAUUCUGAGCGUUACUGAAGAGAAUAUUUCAGGGGUACUCGCCUCUCCAACCUGUAAUAUAAUUACCUCUGGCAAAGAAGAGUUUCAAACACCUGUAAGCGACCUAGCUGCAAAUUUUCGCUUUCAUUUAUGCACACCUACUGGUCCUCCAGUAAAUGACUUUGACAAUUCAGUAACCGAGGACAGUGCUUUUCACUCGCUUAGCCUGGAUAAGUCCCAAGACUCUCUAACUGAUCAUGAAGGCUCUUUCCAGGAGCUUAUUCAAAAGCAGAAGGAGACCCCUAAAUCCACUCAUAAAAAUCGGUUGCGAAAACUAGAACGGUGUAGGAGACUUUCCACGUUGCGGGAACGAGGAUCGCAAUCAGAAGUAGAGGAAGAAUGUUCUGAAAAGCAGGUCUUGAGUUUGUCCUACAAAUCUAAAGUAGCAAGAAACUCUGUAGAUGAGGAAAAUGAAUCCAGCUAUGAGGACUCUGGAACAAAUUCUAUUUUAAACAUUGAUGAUUUGACCGGUACACCUGCCCUGCGUGUUGUGCGUGAGAUACUGGUGAGAAGCACUCGGAAACGUGCUCAGCAGGCCACAAUGCUGGAGCUCUUGGGCAGUCUGGAUUAUUCAGAAUUAUCAGAAGAUGGACUUACAAGACUGAUUGGCAGGAAAAUGGGCUUGGAAAAAAUUGAUAUUUUAUCAGAGUUGAAAUAUAGAAAUUUGAAGCAUAUAUUAGCUCUUAUUUUUAAAGUAUUGAAUGUGGAAAGUAUCUGCAGUAUUUGGAAAGUGAGCACGGAGUGGCGGGAAAUGGUUCUCCAAGACAAGAAUGCUUAUCAGAGAAGAAAACUGUUCUUGAAAAGGCAGAAAGUUGAAGCUGAGCGCGGGUGCAUUUACUCCUCAGAAGAUGCUACGACCAGAUUACAUCUAUUAAACAGGUCUGCUCUGAGAUCUGUUCAAGCUCAAGCCAGAUUUGUAUUUCAUACACCAACUUCUUCCUGUGGUUCUUUGACACCAAAAGACUCUGUGACCAUCCCCCAGUCUGCCAGUAAACAGCAGGAAUAUGUUAAGAUCGCCAAAACCUUAUUCACAGAUGAAGCGUUAAAGCCCUGUCCGCAAUGCCAGUACCCGGCUAAAUAUCAGCCGCUGAAGAAGCGAGGCAAGUGCAGCAGGAAGGACUGUGGCUUUGACUUCUGUGUGCUUUGCUUGUGCACCUUCCAUGGCUCUAAGGAAUGCGGUGGUGGAUCGGGGAAGCGAGCGAAUAAAAAGGAUGUUCUCCCUGGAAGUGCCCAGAGCAAGCGCAAUUUGAGAAGGCUCUGAGAU